AUGGAAAUAAAUAUCAGAGACUCAGAUGCUACAGAUGCUACAGACGGAGAUAAUGAUUCAACGAAAAUGAGGGCUUCACCUCAAAAAGGGACUCAGUCAAAUGAAUUAGCCUCAGCGUCAGGAGAUGAUCCAGAUCCGGACGUGGAUAACCUUGAUGAUCUCGAUGACCUGGACGAUAUGCUGGAUGAGUUUUGCAUGUCCAAGACUGAAAACAGCGUACUUGGCUCCAGUAUCUCACAACCAGCACAAUCAGAGAGUCGGCCAGAGGUUUUACUGGAUGAUGAGUUUGAAAAGCGUCUUCAAGCUGAAAUAGCUGGGCUUUUGAGUAAUUCCGAAAUGCCGCCUAAUCUGAUUACGGAUUUCGAAAAGAUGCUCAAAGAGAUGGUUCAAGUGACUACUCAGGAAGAAAAAGCUGGAGCAUCUAAUCCUUCUUGUACAUCAAAUGCGCCUCCAGAUCAAAAACUCAAGCCUGUAUCCUUGACGAAUCAAUCUGGACCAGACGAGAGUUUUCAGAAUACUAUUAAAAAAACAAUGGAACGCAUGGCAGCUUCAAGGGAUCAAGCAACUGCUGCUACAACCUCAGAGAGCUCUGAUAAUUUCUUGGCUGAUAUCCUGAAGGCUAUGCAAUCAUCAGGUCUUGAUGGCGAGGCCGAUGGCGAGGAAGACUUUUCGAAAGUAUUGCUCGGGAUGAUGGAGCAACUUACGAACAAGGACAUACUAUACGAGCCUAUGAAGGAACUCGACGAUAAGUUCCCCGAAUGGAUGGAAAAAAACGCUGAGAAGGUUGGGGACGCAGAUUUAAUUCGUUACAGGGAGCAACAAGUAUAUGUCAGAGAAAUUGUGCAACGAUUCGAAUCCAAAACCUACACAGACGAGACAGAAGCUGACAAGGAAUAUAUUGUAGAACGCAUGCAGAAGAUGCAAGCGGCAGGAUCACCUCCAGUUGAUCUGGUUGGUGAUAUGGCAAAGGCUCAGGAGAUAUUUGGGGCAGCUCAGGAUGGAUGUCCCAUGCAAUAA